UCAUCGCUGUUUUCCAGAAUUGUCCCAUCUCAGAGUCCGAUAACCUUGACGAAAGUUUACGGUUGCUCCCGCAGUCGAAAGGUAACAUUCUCAGACAUUACUCGUUUGCUAUCGCCGGAAUCGUGUCAUCGGCGACGGUCCUCUCUCCCACCCGGUUCUAUCAUCGUCCACCUUCAGCUACAGCGAGUAAAGAUUAAGGAAGAAUAUGUUCAAGAAGGCAGCAGAAGCGAAGUUACACCAGAGAUUAUCUGGUGCAGACAGGAAGAAGCUAAAGAGAACUGUAAAAGAAAGGUUCGCCGGAGCGUCCGAUGCCGAUAUUGAUGUCUUGCUUCCUCCCAAGGUUGAGCUUACCGUUUCCAAGUUCCAAAAUCGUGUCCAAAUAUAUAGCGUAGAAGGAGGCUUUCCCAUGUUUUUUGACGUUGAUGGCCGAGGAGCUGAAAUAUUCCCCACUGUUUUUGCACUAUGGAUGGUACCAGAGUUGUUGCCUGCCUUUGUGUUGAAGGGGGGUGAGGUUUCUCGGUUUGUGCUUGGUGGAGCAGACUUGAUGUUCCCUGGUAUUCAUGUCCCAACUGAAGGUCUACCUUCAUUUUUAUCCGGGGAACCAUGGGCUGUGAACGUCCCUGGCAAUGCAGCUCCUAUUGCUGUUGGUGUUACCACCAUGAGUAGUGCUGAAGCAUUCAAAGCGGGCUUACGUGGAAAGGCUUUGAGAAUUCUACACUACUACAGGGAUUCACUUUGGGAAUCGGUAGAGGGUCACUAUGUGCCUAAUGCAGGCUUUUUGGAAGAUGUCGUAUACGGAGAUCCUCUUUUGGCUUCAUCUUCACAAACUGGUGACUCUUGUGAAGGUAUUGAUGGUGCUUCAAAUUACAAACAGAACGAUAUCGACAAUAAAGAAGGGGAAUCUACUGAUGAACCUACGAGUGAUGUUCUUGCUGAGCCUGGAACUGUUCUGACAGCACAGACAGAUUCAACUACCGAUGAAAUCAUUUCUGGUUUGAAUGAUUUGAAGGUUGUGAAUGAUGUUUCCACUGGGGAACCGAAUGUGCAGCAUACUCUGUCAGCUGAAGAUGUGGAUACGCUUCUGGAUAAAUGUCUUCUUCAAGCCCUGCAUACAACAGUGAAAGACAAAGAUUUUCCACUUCCUGGAAGCACUCUAUGGUCAAAUCAUGUAUUGCCUUGUCGGCCUCCUGGCAUGACACUAGACAUCAAGAAAUCAUCCUACAAGAAAUUGUCAAAGUGGUUGCAAGCUAAAUCCUCUACUGGACUGAUUACGGUGAAAGAAGACAAGCAUAAAAAGGAGACUGUUUUGUACUCAGCUAACCGCAAGCAUCCAGAUUACACAUCCUUUAAACCAGAAAAGCAACAGGUAGAGAAAAUUGAUCAGAGUGGCAAUCAUGGUCCAAGAGAAAGUUCAUCCAAUAAAAUGCUUGAAGUAGCAGAGAUAUACAAGCCAAGUGUUCAUGUCAAUCCCAUUUUUGCUGCUGUGGGAGCUGACACGAGCAAACUUUACACUGCAGCCGAGGCCACUGAUAUUGUCUUCAAAUACGUUGAGAAAGAAAAAUUGGAUAAACCAACAGAAAAGUCCAGAAUUGUCUUGGACGCAAUAUUAUGCGAUGCACUAUUCAAGGGGUCCAUUAAAAAAGGAACAACAUACCCAACAGAAAUUCACAAAAAGGAUAUAGGUUCAACAUUCAUCAGCCGGAUGCAACCCCAUCAUAUUGUGACAAGAGGAAGUGAGUCUGUCGUUCGCAAAGGUGCAUUAAAAACUAUUCAGAUAAUGACAGAGCGACGUCAAGGAAAUAAAAAAGUUACGAGACUUUCUGGGUUGGAAACAUUCUUGUUAGAUGCUGAAGCAUUGGCAUCGGAGCUUCAGAAAAAGUGUGCUUGCAGUACGACCGUGGCAGAGUUGCCUGGGAAAAAAGGGUAUGAGGUUUUGGUCCAAGGUGGAGUUAUUGAUGACUUGGCAAGACAUCUGGUUGAACAAUAUGGGAUUCCAAAAAAGUAUAUUGAAGUACUUGAUAAAACAAGGAAAUGAGAGGCCAGAGCAGUUUCAGCUAUAUGUUUACAGGGAAAUCAUUAUCCCAAGACUCAUGACAUCAAGCAAAGAUCUGCUACUACCAACGCCUGCAACUACAUCUUGCAAGGAACUAGGAAGAGCCCAAAUUAAAGAUAUGAUGAUGAGGUAUCAUAAUUUGAUUCAUGUAACAAAGCAAAGAUUCCUCAUCUGUCUCUUUUGGGCUGGAAGAUUGGUUCAGGUUUCAGUGACCCUGAGUGUGAGUGUUUUAUCAGCUUAAAUUGGUUCAUUCCGAUCUUGUAUUUUUGGGCCAUGGCGUAAAAGAAGAUGUUCCUAGCUUAAGCCAAACAUGUUCGUGAGAUUUGCUUACACUAAUGAGUUCAUCAUAUCCAUUAUUCUACUGGCUCCAGACGUUUUACA